AUGGUAGUCAUUGGGUAUACCGAGCCGACCACAGAACCGGCGGAGCCCGAUCAACAAUUGCGUGAUAAUCGAAAGAGGGAUGCGAAGGCGUUGCUAUUCAUCCAAGGAGUAUUGGAUGACUCUAUUUUUCCGAGAAUUUCAUCAGCAAGUUCUUCCAAGGAGGCAUGGGAGAUUUUGAAAAUGGAGUAUCAUGGAGAUAGCAAGGUAAUUUCUGUGAAAUUGCAAACCUUACGUGGGACUUUUGAAUCACUUAAAAUGAAAAAACAUGAACCUGUGCAAGAUUACUUGUCCAGAGUGUCUGCCAUUGUGAAUCAAAUGAAAUCAUAUGGUGAAAUAAUAAGUGAUCAAAAUGUUGUAGCUAGGGUGUUAAGGAGCCUUACAAAGGACUAUAUUCAUGUUGUCGCUGCCAUUGAAAAGUCAAAAACAAUGUCAACCUAUACAUUUGAUGAACUAAUGGGUUCUUUGUUAGCUCAUGAGGAUCGAAUGAAUAGGCAUCAAGAAAAGGAGGAAGAGACAACCUUUUCUGUAAGCACAGACUCUUCAAACAAAUGGAAUAACGAUGGUCGUGGAAAUAGUAGAGGUGGCUAUCGCGGACGUGGUAGAGGUCGUGGCCGUGGAGGAGGUCGAUCUCAGUUUGCAGGUGAAUGUCACUAUUGUAAAAAAUAUGGGCAUAAGGAAGCAGAAUGUUGGAGUAAGCAAAGAAGUGAAGAAAAAAAGGUCAACUUUACUGAACAAGCUGAAGAAGAUGACAGGUUGUUCAUGGCUCAUUCCACUGUUGGUGAUGCAUCUCAAGAAGUAUGGUAG